AUGCUUGGAGCCGCCAGAAGAAGUGCUUUGAAUAUUGGUGUGCGUGUGGGAGCACGCAGGACUUUGAAGUCCGUUACUUCUGGUAUUUUCAGUACAAAAAUUACCAGAUCAAAUGGAGGAGACCGAGUCAGACUUUACUCUUCAAAAGUAGUACCUUUAACAGCAGAAACAUAUGCUGAUAAGGUUAAAUGGAACCCUGAGUUUAAAAAGCUUGAUGAUGAAGACAUCAAGUACUUCACCUCUGUGUUAAACAAUGCUAAUGAUAUCAUUACUGAUGAACAAGAUUUAUUGUUCUACAAUGAAGAUUGGAUGCGCAAAUACAAAGGUCAAUCGCAACUUGUAUUGAAACCCAGAACAACCGAACAAGUUCUGGAGAUCAUACUGUACUGUAACAAGAACAAGUUAGCCGUGGUUCCUCAAGGAGGGAACACUGGUUUGGUUGGAGGGUCAGUUCCUGUGUUUGAUGAGAUUGUUCUUUCGCUUGCUAACAUGAACAAGAUUAGAUCAUUUGAUGAUGUCAGUGGGAUUCUUAAAUGCGAUGCUGGUUUGAUCUUAGAAAAUGCCGAUAACUUCCUUGCAGAGAAUGGUUACAUAUUCCCACUUGACUUGGGGGCUAAGGGUUCUUGUUUUGUUGGAGGUGUUGUAGCUACCAAUGCUGGUGGGUUAAGACUUUUAAGAUAUGGCUCAUUACAUGGAUCUGUAUUGGGUUUAGAAGCUGUUUUACCAGAUGGUACCAUCUAUAACUCAAUGCACAGUUUGAGAAAGGAUAACACUGGUUAUGACUUGAAACAAUUGUUAAUUGGUAGUGAAGGUACUUUGGGAGUGAUUACUGGUGUAUCUAUCUUGUGUCCUUCAAGACCUCAAGCUGUCAAUGUAGCAUUCCUUGCUGUUUCAUCGUAUGAAGCUGUUCAAAAGGUAUUUGUCGGAGCCCGUAAGGAAUUGCUGGAGAUUCUUUCUGCUUUUGAAUUUAUGGAUGAUAAAUCCCAGAUUCUUACUGCCAGACAUUUAGGGUUGGAACACCCCAUUGAAAGUGGACAAUAUCCAUUUUACAUACUUAUUGAAACCUCAGGUUCCAACAAGGAUCAUGAUGAUGAAAAGUUGGAAACCUUUUUAGGGAACAUGAUGGAAGAAGGUUUAGUUGAUGAUGGGAUCAUUGCUCAAGAUGAAACCCAAUUGAAGAGUUUAUGGACCUGGCGUGAGGCCAUCAGCGAAGCCUCCACUAUUGGUGGGGGUGUAUACAAAUAUGAUGUUUCUAUUCCUCUAGCUGAUCUAUACUCUUUGGUGGAAGACACUAGUGCCAGAUUGAAGGAGGCAGGAAUGGUUGAUAUCGACGAUGAUAGUAAGCCAGUGGUUGAGGCUAUAGGGUACGGGCAUGUUGGAGAUGGUAACUUACAUUUGAAUGUGAGUGUUAGAGAGUACUCCAAGGCUAUUGAAGAAGUAUUGGAACCAUUUGUCUAUGAAUGGAUUCAAAAUAAGAAGGGAUCUAUCUCUGCUGAACAUGGGUUAGGCUUCCAAAAGAAGAAUUAUAUUGGAUACUCUAAAUCAGAUGUUGAGAUUGAGAUGAUUAAGGACAUCAAGAACCAUUAUGAUCCUAAUGGUAUAAUGAACCCCUACAAAUAUGUAUAG